GUGUGAUUGGCUGGACUCGCCUUGUUGCCGUGGCGACGGCAGGGGGUUUGGUAGCGUUGCUGUGCGGUGUGAUUUCUGCGCUGCGUGGAUAGAGGAAGCUUGCAGCUGCUGAUCUCUGACACACACAGCGACAGGCAUCUAUAUGAACAUAUAGUGAACCUCUGCCAUAUUGCAAAACAGGCACGACGUGCAUGAAUAACACCAGGGUUUAAUGGGUCCUGUAAUUGGAAUGUCGCCAGAUAAGAAAGCGGAAACCCCUGGGAUGCAAGAGCUGGUGGGAUCGCGGGCCACCGCGUGCGGAAUGGGCACCCUGCCAGAAGCGGAGAGUGCGGCCAGCCCCAAAGCGACCAGCGUGGACAAGGGGCUGGGCGAUGACGAGGAGCUCACCAACCUCAACUGGCUGCACGAGAACCUGCUGCAGAACUUUACACUGGGCACAGAGGCCCAGCCCAGCGUCAGCCCCCUGUACGACAUCGAGGGGGGUGGCGCCGUGACAGCCUCCUCCUCCUGCGCCGAGGGCCGUGAGAAGGACUCGCUCAAGUCCAAGCCCCCCUACUCCUUCAGCCUCCUGAUAUACAUGGCCAUCGAGCAGUCCCGCAACAAGUGCCUGCCCGUCAAGGAGAUCUACAGCUGGAUCCUCGACCACUUCCCUUAUUUUGCCAACGCCCCCACAGGCUGGAAGAAUUCCGUGAGGCACAACCUGUCCCUGAACAAAUGUUUUCGGAAAGUGGAGAGGAAUCUGGGCAAGGCGAACGGGAAGGGAUCCCUGUGGUGUGUGGACCCAGAGUACAGACCCAACCUGAUACAAGCACUGAAGAAGCAGCACUUCCCAGCAGCACAUGCUUUCUGCACACCACCUGCCUCUCCUCCAAGUGGUUCCUCACCCCCUCGACAUUUGAUUCUUCAAGAUCAAGGAUGUUCUCUAAAAGAGUCUGAUAUUGAUGCUGCCACUGCCAUGAUGCUUUUAAAUUCUUCCCCAGAGCAACACAGGAUGCAAUGUGGCAAGCCUCAGCAGUCCAGAGCGCUGCCUCGAAAGAGGAGCUACAACCACCACCACCACCAUCACAGCAGCACCAGCACCAACAGCAGCAGGGUGCCAGGGGUGCAGGAUAACCCUAUCGAUCUCUCCCAGCCAGAAACAGCCGUCGUCAGCAACGACCCCAAGGAGGAUCACAACUACAGUGCCACGUUCCAGCGCUGCGCUUCGCACUCCAGCGUGUCGUCCCUGUCAUCCGUCGAUGAGGCCUACGAGUACACCUCCCAGGCGCGGCGGGCGGGCAGCGAGGGUUUCCAUAGCGACGAGGACUCGGACCUGGCGGAGGAGCUGGAGCAGGCCAAGGAUCGGCUGGGAGAUAGUGGCUACGGGUCCCAGCAGCGUGCAGCCAAGGGCCCAGCCAGCAAGAAGCCGCGCAAGGAAGUGAGGCAGGAGAUCGACGAGGAGCUGAAGGAGGCAGCCGGGUCCUUGCUGCACCUCGCAGGCAUUCGCACGUGCUUGGAUGCCUCGAGGCGCAAGGCCAAGAGCAAGAGCAAGAGCAAGAGCAAAAAAUAAGGAAGCCUACAAUUGUGUGUGUGUUUUUUUUUUUUCUUAAUGUUUUUUUUAAAUACAAAAGAUGUUAAAAUACAUUAAAAGAAUCCCACAUGGCAAUAUUAUCGUUCACAAAGGAGAUCAAAGCCAUAUUGAGACUUUUACUAAGAAAAAUGACAAACACCAAGAACUGCCGUGAACAUUUUCAUCCAUUUUUUCUUUUUAUAUAUAUAUAUAUAUCUAAAAACAAACAAAGCAAAAAAAAAAAAAAAAAAACACGUUUCAUAACUAGUACAAUUGCAUGCUUCCUUCCCAUACAGUUUCUCGGUAUACAAUGAAACUAUUUAAACAAGGAUGAAUGCAUGGAUAUAAAAUACAAAUCCAAACACCUGCCCAUCAUCUUAGUAGUUGUAGUUUUGAUUUCUCCUUUAAAAAAAACAAAAGAGGAAUAAAAAUGUUGCCAUUUUUUUCUGUUAGAAGACGUUGUUAGAGAAUUAAGAUACAAAGCAAAAUGCAAUAAUAAUUGUUCCAAAACAACCCUUUUAGUUUUAUUUUUGAAUUAUUUGUUUAGUUUUUUUUUUUGUAAAGAUACUACAGUGUGGAUUGGAGACACAGUUUCAUGAAGAGACGUGGAUGAAGUGUGUUUUGGACUUUGGCUUCCUUAGAAAACAGAUUGCAGCAGUUCCAUAUCUUGCUUGCCUUGUUUUUGGACUGAAAAGGAGAGAAAUUGAAAAGAUUUGUCGGAAGAUUUGUCUGGGGGGGUGGGGACGGGGCUGCAAAUGGUGGAGUCAAUGCAGCAGAAAUGGAAUUUCUAACCACAGCAAAUUUGCUCCUUUUAAAUAAGUCAGAAUUGUGUAGGAAAGGAACACGGAGAAACCUGUAUUUAACUGUCAAAUUUAUGACCAGGGUAAACCAAUGCAGACAUGUUUUAUAUUAAAAUGUGCAGUAAAACGGGACAUCAGCCCCAUGUGGAAAGAAAACAUUAUACUCUAGAUAUUACAAUUACAAGGUGGCAUAUGCAUUUACAUAGGUGUUCCAUAUAUUUUAAAAUAUAAUUUGAAUAAGCCAUAUAUUUAAAAUAUGUGAAACUUAUACAACAUAAAAUGAAACGGGAGCUUUCUUUGAGGAAACGUCUUUACUUUUGAUAGAGUAGACCUGCAAUUCUGAAAUGGUGGUACCCUGUCAAUUGUGUCAGAUUGGGGACUCUCGCGGUCAUCCCUGUGUCGUCUGCAUGACAGUCAAAGCAGCUGCCCUCUCAAUAUUUCUCCUUGUUUCUUGUUCUGUUUUGGCUUACUGAUGUUCUAUUAUUAUUAAUAUUGCUCAUUAUUCUUAUUAUUUUGAUGAUGUUGUUGGUUUAUUGUUUCAGUGAAAGAUGUUUAGACAUGCUGGGUGAGUUUUGAGUGCUGGUGUAUUGCUUUGUCCAGUCCUCACCAAGGUGCCCUGCUUCUCGUUUCUUCCACCACUGUCACUGCCACACAGUGUGCAAUGUUACAAAAUGGGCGUUUGGGAGGGCUCUGACUCUUUAUUACAGGGCCUUCUGUAAAGGGAUAAUUACCCUAGCUUGUUAUUUUCGCUUUUUACUUUUAUCUGCAUUUCUUUUUUUCCUUGAGCUCGUUCAGAGUCCAAGGCCACUCUUUACUGUCUGUUCGACUCCUGUGCUUAAUGUUUGAAUGCUGGCAGAUAACAACAGAUUGUAAUGCUGAGUAAAAGCCGGGAUAAUUACCCAUUUCAGUACUUUUCUAUAGAUUUACUCCCAGGUACAGCUGACUUCCCCAUGGAUUCUUACACGCACACUCCCAUGGCGAAGGUCCAACUGGGCGUUUGCGAAUCAUGGUAAUAAGAAUUAAACAUUCAACUGUAUUUAAUUAUUUUGUAGUAAAUUAUUAAAUUAUCUGACUUUGUGGAAAGCUGUAGUAUGUGUUGCCUUUUACUAAUAUAUAUAUUAUUAUAUUAUGAGACGGCCUAUCUGCCUGAACAGCUUUUUCCAAUUGUAAUGAAACUUGGUAAGGACAUUCCUUAGUUAAUGGUAUUACCAGAGUUUGGGGAUGAAUGGAAAAGGCUGUCCAUCCGCCUGUACAUUUACAUUUUUACAUGUACAUAUUGGUCGAUAUAGGUCAGUACUUAUUACUGUAAUUUUGAUUUACAAUCAUUAAAAUAAUAGUAGGUUUACAUUUAAAAUAUUUCAAAUCACCACUUUAGAAAAAUAAAUUGAAUAGUCAUUUAGUGCACUGCACUAAGCAAAAUAUGCCCAGAAUCUUUAAAUUGUGACAUAUUGUACGUUGUGUGGUAGCAGCUCUGCCUUCUAAGAAUCAUGACUGUGUCAAGAAUGACGACAUUUCAGUUGCUUUACCCUGCCUAAUGUGAUCUAAUGGACAGUAAAGAUGUGGUUUAGACCUGCUGUUUGUCCUGUAUGUAGCUGAAAUUGGUUUAACUGCCACGUACUGGGGAAAGAAAGGGGUUGAACUUGCGAUUAGUGCACUGAAAGCUAGAAAAUUAAAUUAGGAAAUGCUGCCUAAAGCUGCUGUGCUUGUCUGUGUGAAAAAUCUUGGUUUUGUAACUGGACAUUCUUAUAAAUCAACAAUGUCACCUUGUGCUUUGCAUUUCCUGCUGGAAUCUUGGGAAAAUCUCAAAAAAACAAGGAGUCAUAGGAGAAGCAGGGAUUGCCUGUCUCAGGGCUGCUGGGAGAUUAAGUUCUUGAGAAUUCUGACUUGCUGGGUUUCCUUUGAGUCACGUGAUCAUGAUGAAAACCGUUUCCAUUUCUGAAACUGUGAAGAAUGCAAUGUUAGAAAAAAAAAAUGUAUAGAUUCUAUUUUCAUGAAAUUUGUUUCAUUACCAAGAGGCAAGCAUGGCAAGUAGAAGUGGAUUUAAGGUAAAGACUGGAUAAAUAUAACCGAGGGAGUAGGAGAGGAGGGUGGAAAAAUGUUUGACCUAGCCUGGUGACCUUUAAAUCCCAGUGACUCCCUCCAAGUAUUUGGGAAGCUCUGAAACAUACCUGUAGAAACUAGGGCAGCACAGAACUUCUUUUUAAAAAUGCGACUGACCUGAUUUUCUUAGUUUCCCAGGUUGUGGUAAAUUAGCAAAACUGACUGGUUCGGCACUUAAAACUGUGAAACAUUUGCCAUGUUACUAAAAACAAGUUCAACCCAUUUUAGCCAGUUGCAUAGUAUUCCCCAAUUUGAAAGUUACUUUGAUGUUUGGUGUAGUUCGGAGUUUGUGUGUGUGUGUGUGUGUGUGUGUGUGUGUUUUUUUUUUUCUUGUUUAUUUUAGUUAGCUAGUUAAAACCAUUCGAAAUUAUUUAAAAAAAGGAACAAAAAAAUAAACAAAAAAACAACUGCCUUGUAAAAUGUAAGUGUCAGAUGUCUUUGUGUUAUUGUUCCUGAGGAAUAAUUCGGCAGCCAACGUGUAACAGUGCCAUUACCAGAUCCCGACACAGUUUCUCAAGGGUGUUGUAUUUUUAGAUUUUAUUUUGUACUUCUUGUAAAGAAGAUCAGUGAAGUCUAUCACAUACAAGGGGGUAUAUAGAACGGAUGUAGAUGCAGGGGUUCAAGGUACAGCAAUGUCACCUACAAGUAUUUCUUUUCUUAAGCCAAUUUGCCAGAAUGACCAGGUUGUGUAUUGUUAUAUAUUUGCCAUAUAAUAUUAACAUUACCUGAUUAAGUGAUAUAGGGUUGGUGAAGUAAAUCUUGCAGAUAAUCAAAGUUUGAUUACGGGACUUUUUUUUUUUUUUUUUUAAGGUUAUACUAACUUAAAGCUGCCAAUACAGUAUCUGUUUGUGUAACUAUGAGUUAAGCUGUCUGCAGUGUCUGUCAGACAGACAAACUUUUUUUUUUGUAUGCUAACCUCUGUUAAUAAAAUGUUUAUAAAGUUUAUUUUCACCAAAGAUAUGCAAUUGCAUUAUAUAUGGUAUUGCUGAAUAAAAUGUUCUUGUUUUAACAAU